CGAUUUCCUUGGUGAUAACGAUGAGAAGAGCGGAAACCUGAUACCCCUCUGGAAAGUCGCUUCGACCUUGGAGAGCUCCAGAAUAGGCUUGAAAUGCUCUGACAAUACGCAUGAUGGAAAGGAUUGAGGUCAUGAAAUCAUCCGGAAAAGGGCUUAUUUUGGAGGUUUUGUGCAUUGUUUCUCCCAGCCAUUGCGGGCGGAUGCCGUUGGUGUUUUGAGGAUGUCCAUGGACCCGAUGGACCCCAUCGACAGGGAUGCUUUGGAUCUCCGUGUUUUGCCUCCCUGGAAAUUUUGGACCAACCGCCGUGGACAGCGACUUCAUCUGAGGUUUGUGGUGCCCUCUGAACAGACGACGACAGCGAUUCUGUGGUUGCAUGGCUAUGGAUGUCAUGCGAACCUGGAACGAAUGUGGAAGAAAGUGUGCCACAUCUCAGAAUCAUUGAACUCACUGGUGAUUGCCUGCGAUUUGGAAGGACAUGGAUAUUCAGAUGGGCCGCAAAGCAUUGAAAAUUGUGAGAAUUUGGUGCAAGAUGUUGUUGAUCUCUGCACGGAUCUCACCUCAACAUCAGCAGGUUCAUUUUCAACAGAUUUGGGCAGCUUGAAGCGAACUUUGGUUCAUCAAAAACUCUUCCUGGGCGGAGAAUCCUUUGGUGGGGCCAUUGCAUUGCAGGCCUCCCUGCAGUGGCAGAGCAUUCCUCAACUGAAGGGCCUGCUGUUGGCCGCCCCCCUGUUGUCGAAGCCCACGCGGCGUUCCCCGACGCUGCUGAGCUGUGGCCAUAGCGGAGACGUGCAGAAGCUGCCGGGGCAGGCCGCGGGGCCCAUGGCUUUACCGAAGAUCGAG